CUGGGAAUGAACGAGGUCACUAAAGUGGACGUGACUUUAGAGACGAAUGUCCCCACACUGUACCAGGUGGACCAGGAGAUUGCCAACGAGGCGGCGCCGAGCUCCCGCUUUCCACCGGCCCACUUGGCACGCUCACGGUCCCAGAAUGCACUGCGCACUGCCGUCCCAGCGGCUGUUGGCAUCACUGAAUACAAAGGAGUUCAGAAUGAAGAGAUCCUGAAGGAUGAGCUGCCGGUCCUUGGUGCCCCGGACACCAUGGAGAAGACUGCCAGCAGGUCUCGUUGUCUUGUGAAGCAGCUGGAAAGGGGGGAGGCAUCUGUGGUGGAGCUGAAGAGAAACCUGGACUACGCCGCCUCAGUCCUAGAAGCUCUGUGCAUUGAGGAAGCCAGGCGGCUGGUGGAUCCAGAGGACCAGCUGGGUGACAUCCGGUCGGACUCGGUGCCGUCAGAGGUUCGGGACUGGCUGGCUUCCACUUUCACCCGGCAGACGGUUGUGAUGCUGCGCCGUAACGAGGACAAGCCACGCUUCCGCAGCAUCGUUCAUGCAGUGCAGGCCGGCAUCUUUGUGGAGAGGAUGUACAGACGGACCACCAACAUCGUCGGUCUUAGUUAUCCACAAGAUGUCAUCACUAUUUUGCAGAAUGUGGACAUGUGGUCUUUUGAUGUGUUUGCACUGAACGAUGCUAGUGGGGACCACGCUCUGAAAUUUGUCUUCUAUGAGCUAUUCACCAGAUAUGACUUGAUCAACCGUUUCAAGGUCCCUGUUUGUGUCCUCAUAUCCUUCGUGGACUCCUUGGAAGUGGGCUACAGCAAACACAAGAAUCCCUAUCACAACCUGACGCAUGCGGCUGAUGUCACACAGACCAUUCAUUACCUGCUCCUCAAGACCGGCAUGGUUCACUGGCUCAGUGAGUUGGAGAUCUUUGCCAUCAUUUUUGCAGCUGCCAUUCAUGACUACGAGCACACAGGGACCACCAAUAACUUCCAUAUUCAGACAAGGUCAGACACCGCCAUGUUGUACAAUGACCGAGCUGUUUCGGAGAACUACCACGUCAGUGCUGCAUAUCGCCUUCUACAGCACAGUGAUGACAUGAACAUUCUGUCUAAUCUCUCCAAAGACGAGUGGAGAGAGCUUCGGGCUCUGGUGGUGGAGAUGGUGUUGGCCACAGACAUGUCCUGCCACUUCCAGCAGAUCAACGGGAUGAAAAGCCACCUGCAGCAACAUGAGGCGCCCGACAAAGCAAAGGCCUCGUCCCUGCUACUGCACACUGCUGACAUCAGCCACCCUGCCAAACGCUGGGACCUCCAUCAUCGCUGGACCACUUCCCUUCUGGAGGAGUUCUUUAGACAGGGGGAUAAAGAAGCGGAGCUGGGUCUACCGUUCUCUCCUCUCUGUGACCGCAAACCCACCAUGGUGGCCCAGUCUCAGAUUGGAUUCAUUGACUUCAUGGUGGAACCAACAUUUACAGUGCUGACAGAAAUGAUGGAGAAAACUGUGACUCCGCUUGUUGAGGAGGCAUCGCGAUCUGGAACGGCUGCCUUC